AUGUAUGUAAGAUUUCUGUUGCGUUAAUUGUGUUAAGUCUGCUGUGAGACUGGGUUUUACUUGCUCUGGCACGGUGUAUUUUCUAGAGAGACUGACUUGGGAUACCAGUCCCCUUUCAGUUACUGAUUCUUGGAAUAGCUUCACAUGUUAACGUAUACAAACCUCUCCUACAGAGUUAGAACAAAAUGUCGUCAUCAUCGCCAUCAUCAUCAUCCUUUCCUGCACGUAACUGUACUGUUCCUUUAUUGGACUCUGAUUUUCAGGAAACGCUUUUCCUUCCAGAUGUUACUGAGGGAAAAAUAUGUGUGCCACCUGUUACAUCUGGAGAAGCAGCAAAAUUCUGUUCACUGAUUCAGCCGUAUAAAAAAGAUUGUUGUAUAACUACAAAAGCUGGCCAAGAUGGAAAUUUUACUGAUCUAAGCAAAGAAUCUGACUGUCUAGAACACCAAGUGUGUAAACUUUCUACAUCAGCGAUGACAAUUAUUGCUGUACAAGAGGGUUUGCUGAUAAAAGAAUUGGAAACACUCCAAAGCACAAAAAGAUUGUUAUGGCUUUUACUGCAGACAACAGAACAUGAACAUUUAAGCAGUAAAAACGUUGACACUUUGAUGCAGAAGUUAAAUGAAAAUGAAACCCGAAACACUAGUCUCAAGAGAGAGAUGCUUGAAAGAGAAGAACGUGUUAAAGAACUUUCAUCCAGGCUUCAGCUUGAAAAAGUCAAUGUAGUGAAAGCAGACCACCUAUCAAGAUCAGUAAAAGCAGUACAAACUCACCUGCAAUGUCAGAUUCAGAAAAAAGAAGUGGAGAAUGAUGAAUUAAAAGUGAAAAUACAGACUCUAGAAAAGAAAAUAGCACAGUGGAAACUUCAAGCUCAUGAAUGCAAGCAGCAGAUUUCAGCCUUAAGGCAAACAAGUGAGCAAAAGAAGACUGCUCUGAAAAAAGCCUCCAGGUCCCAGAAACAAAGAGCUGAACACUUUGAAGCAGCUGUGGAAAAUAUCACUUCCAGAAUAAGAGAACGUGAAGUCAAACUGUCUGAGAUCCUGUCCACUUCCAAUGUCUGGAAAAAACAGCAUGAUAAGAUAGUAGAAGAGAAGACAAUGUUAGAAAUUCAAACAGAAGAUCUUAAGAAGCAGAUUACAAGCCUUUUGGAAGAUCUGAAGAAAAAGGAGGAGUACAGAAGAAACUCAAAUGAGGAACUUCUUGGCAAGCUAAGUUCUGUUAACUCUGAAAAUGAAAACAUUAAUAUUGAAAAUGAAAAAUUAAAGGCUUCCCUUGCUGUGUUGAAAACCAGUACUGUUUCUGUUGAAAGUGAACUGCUAGACCUUCAAGAAAAAGCAAAGCUGCAGGAAAACCUUGUUGAGCAGUAUAAAAAUCAGGUACAAAAAUUGCAAACAGAAGCAGAAGAACUGAAAUCUAGAUAUGAAACAGUAUUAAAUGAAAACAAAACAAUAACAGAAACCAAAUGCUUAGAAGUAGAUAAGGUGAGGGGCAAAAUGGAGGCUGACUUAAAGGAGUUAGAACAUGUUCGUGACUUGCUGAAAGCAGCUGAAGAAAAGCUGCAAGAAUAUCAGGAAAACCUUAUGUCCUGUCAAAGGAUCCAUGCACAGAAAUGCAAAACUCUUAGGGAGCUGCAGGUUCAGGAGGAAGACAGUAUAGCUUUCUUGGGCAGUCAUUCCUUGGAAGAAGAAAACUGCAACAUUCAGAAGAAAUAUGAAGAUCUUAAAAGGCAGUUGGAAGAGAUGGAAUUUCAAAAUGAAGAAUUUGCUAAUCAGCUCGCAAAACAAGACGAGAGUCUUCAGUGCAGUAAAUUGCAGCUUAAAGAGAAAAUUGCAGAGUGUGAUGGUUUAGCCAGACAGCUGCAAUCUGCUUUGGAGGAAGGGAGAAAAAUGGUAUCUGAAGAAAUGGAAAAAAUAUCAUACAAGCAACAAGCCCUUCAGACAAAAAUGCUAGUUCUUGAAACUGAAUUAAGAGAGAGAGAAGAAGAGAAAAAACAACUUCUCUGCAUGUUUCAUCAUAGUGAAAAGCACCAAGAAGUAUGCUUGAAAGAGCUGGAGAACAGGCUGCAGAAGUCAGAAAACAAGACCCAGAGCAUCCAGAAUUAUGUGGAGUUUCUGAAAGCUUCAUAUGUAACGAUGUUUGGCUGAAUUCUUCCAUUUCAUUCAUUUUAGUAAUAAAGAAAGCUUACAGGAUUUGUCUCUAACUCUUGUUAGAAGCAAGGGCUUAUAUUUUCAAGACUGAACCCUAUAAUGUUCUUCUCUAGGAAAACUUCUGCAGUGGGCCUGGAAAAGCAGGUCAGUUGCUGCUGUAUAUCCUCCUGGCUGGUCACCUAUGAAAAAUUUGCCUGGCAUUACUGAUAAAAAGAACUAUAUUACUUCUGGAACAGAAGUGAAAGAGCAGACUGCAUGACACUAGUGAAAGGUGUGCAAGCGUAAGGUGAUCACACAAAGUUGUGAAUUUGUCUGUGAAUUUGCCAUGUGUUAGGUCUGUAAAUGCUUAUGUGCCUGCUUUCAGCGCGUUAGACACAGAUGAUCACACAUUACUUUCCAGUUUCCGUGGUGGAGGAGAACACUCCUGGAGUGGGUGCAUAGUUGCUUUGUUACCAGCCGUUCUCUGUCAUAUUUCAAUCAUAAAACUUCUAUUCCUGUAGAAAUCUGUUUUUCCAGGAUGAUGAUAUCUAUCCUAUUAAGACAGGUGGGAAUUUAGGGGGCAUUAGGUUCCCCUCCUUUAUUUUCCCCAUAGCUUUAACACCAAUGGUUGCUGGGAGUAGAGCUGGGAUAUGGUAUGGGG